UGGCAAGUUCAAGUUUGUAAGAUUCUCUGAGCACUCAAACGUUUGUUCUCUUGUCUUGUCUACUUUCAUGGCAAUGGCUGCUAUUGCUUCCAUUACCUCAAUCAACACAACUCACAAUCACAAUCACCACACUUCUUUAAUCUUUGCACCAAAACAACAUCAAAAUAAAACCAGAAUCCAUAGAUUUAGAUGCAAUGGAACAAACCAAAAGCAAGAGUCUCAACCACAGAACAAUGCUUUUCUUAAGGUAGCAUGGUAUAGUUCUGAGCUUCUAGGCAUUGCUGCUUCUGCUUUCCGUUCUUCACCUGAUGAAGAAGAAGCUUCUCCUCAGAGACUUCUUGAAACUGUUGAUCGUGUCUCUGUUGUGGAUACAAUCAAACAAGACUUUCAAAGAUCUUACUUUGUCACAGGAGAUCUCACAUUGAAUGCAUAUGAAGACGACUGUGAAUUUGCGGAUCCAGCAGGAUCUUUCAAAGGACUUGAGCGUUUCAAAAGGAACUGCACUAAUUUUGGAUCCCUUUUGGAGAAGUCAAAUAUGAAUCUUAUGAAAUGGGAAGAUUUUGAGGAUAAAGGAAUCGGUCACUGGCGAUUCAGUUGUGUCUUGUCCUUUCCUUGGAGGCCUAUUCUUUCCGCAACUGGAUACACAGAAUAUUAUUUUGAUGCAGAAUCAGGAAAAGUAUGCAGGCAUGUGGAGCAUUGGAAUGUUCCGAAAAUGGCUUUGUUUAAGCAAAUUUUAAGGCCUAGCAAGGGAUUUGGCUUAAAAGAUUAUGUGACUAAGUGGUUGAAAUUUGUCCAGGGGACAACCGUUCAAAUGAGUUCAUAUAUCAUCCAGAUACGAAUGGGCAGACUAAGGUAGUCAAUCGGUGUUUGGAAUCCUAUCUACGACCCUUUCCAAUACUCGAAAGAGUGGGUGUUGUAUCAUAUAAACUGAACUUGCCAUAUUCUGCUGCUCGUGUGCAUGCUGUUUUUCAUAUGUCCAAGCUGUUAGCUUCAUGAGAAAUUGAGGAAAGGGGACAAGUUGUCCAACAAUGGUUAGUGAAAUGGAAAGGUAGAGUAGCUGAAGAUACUACGUGGGAAGAUGAAGACUUGCUGAAAAGUCAACUUCCUUGAGUCAACCUUGAAGACAAGGCUGCAGUUGUAAGGGGUGACAAUAAUGGAAAUAGUGAGUUGCAUGACAAUGAGAAUGCUGAAGUCAGACCUAAAUCAAUGACAAUGGCUUUUGAAAUGAAGAAUUGUUAAUUUAUUUUGGUCAAGUAGCCAAAUGGCUGGAAUUCAUUCUUUAAAGAUGAACAAGUUAAAUGUCGUAGGUUCAAACCCGCACCCCUAAAUCUAAUGUCCCUGCAAAACAAUUGUGCCUUUUGUCCCAUGAUUUCUCCCCUAAAUGUUCUUGUAAGUAUUUUAAAAUAAUGUAACAAUACAAAUAUAAAGAGUA